UAUUGUUUUAAUGACCAAUAAUAAAUGUGAUUAUGUAAUAAAUUCUCCUUAAAGAUUUCAUCUUUUUCAUUUGGCAUUAAAAAAAAGUUGAGCUUACAAGUGUGCUAGCUUUUAAUAUUAAAACAUUGUAAAUUUUGGAUAGUUCAAAAACUGCAAUUUGUUCAAAAGUUUAAUCAAUAAGGAACUAAUUUAAUGUUGUGUUUUUGGUUUAUUAUUGUAACUUUAGUAACUGGUGUCACCUAAGUAUUGGUUUUACAGGCUAGAUCCAGGCUUACUUCACAAUAUAUUUAUAUAAAUGGAUGAAGUCCUACGAAAUCCAGUAUUUCAAAUUAAGUUGUCUGAACUACUUGGUCAGGAUUGGUUUAAAAUUGGUAUUUACUUAAAUAUCGAACAGCGUAGUUUAGAAUCAAUUAAGAUUGAUUCUAUAAAUUUUUCAAAACAAGAAUGCAAAGCAUACGAAAUGUUAAAAAAAUGGUUCAAUUUUGAUGAAAAACCGACAUUUGAAAAGUUAAAACUUGCCAUUUUAAAUAUUCCGAAAAUGGAUUUAUUGAAGGAGGUGGAGGAUCUUGCAAGUGGGUUUUUCACUAUGUCUUCAUAUUUAUCAGAAGGUGUUUCGAAAACAGAUUUGUCAAGAAUGUCUGCUGAACUAAAACAAUAUUAUCUUAAAUAUUAUGGGAAAAUUAGUGAACUUCAACCACUAUUAAAAGCACCUGCAAAUGUUGAUCUAAUGAAUAAAUUUGUUGAUCUAUGUAUUGUUGAUGCAGCGAAGCCACAAAUGGAUGCUGUUUUUAGUGUUGAACGAAAAGAAUUUCUUGAAAAGCAAAUGCAUUAUACACCAAUUCCAUAUAGUGAACUAUUUAUGAACGAAAAAUCGGUAAUAUUAGUAUCUGGAAUUGCUGGUAUUGGGAAAACAUGGUUGCUUAGAAAAUGUUUGCUUGAUUGGUCAAAUGAUUUAAUUUGGAAAAAUGUUGAACUUGUUUUUUAUUUAGAAUGCAGGAGGAUUAAUCAAUAUGAAAAUAUUUUUAGUAUAAAUGAUUUACUAAGCGUUUUCUACAAAGAUAUUAUAAGUAACUUAAAUAUUAGUAUUACCACUGCACUGUUUCUAAUUGAUGGGUUAGAUGAGUUUAAAUAUUUCAAUGAGUUAUCAAAUCCAAAUUUAAAAUGUAAAUAUCCAAUUGUUAAUGUUUUAGCAGAAAUUCAAAACUAUAAACAUUUAGUUGCUGGUAGAGUUUAUGCAAUUGAUCAAUACCAAAGUAUUUAUAAAGAUCAUAGUGAUAUGUUAACCAUUCAAAUAAUGGGGUUUAACAAAAAUGGAAUAGCGAAUUAUGUAGAAAAUCAUGUUAAGGAAGAAAAAAAAGGUAUUGUAAAUGCAACUUUAAAGGAAUCUCCAAUUGCAAAAGCUAUGGCAUCUGUUCCUUUUUAUUUAUCUUCUAUGUGUAAAAUUAUCAGUGAUUCAAAAGAAAUAAGUACAAUAUCUUUCUUAACAAUGACAGAUUUGUAUGCAAACAUUUUUUUAUACUUUUUACAAAAACACAUCAUUAAAAACAAUGAAAUGAUUUAUCAGAUAAUGGGAAACGAUUCUAAUAAAACAUAUAUUUUAAAUAUUUGUAAAAUUGCAUAUGAAUUGUUUCUUGUAAAUAAAAUAAUUUUUUCAAAAGAAGAACUUCAAACUUUUAUUGGUGACUUUGAUAAAAAUGAAUAUUUUUUUGGAUUUAUAGAAAGGAUUGAAACGAAUCUAGGAUGUUAUUAUCAAUUUGCACAUUUGACAAUAAUGGAAUUUUGUGCAUCUGUAUAUGCUUAUAAUUGUUUAAGUAGUGAUGAAAUUAUGACCAAUGAAAAGCUGAAGAGUUGUUUAUCAAUGAUUUGUGGAUUAUCUAAUGCUAGUCAAAAUAGUUUAUUAAAGUUUCUUGUUAAUCUGAAUCCUUCAAAAAGUCCCUAUAAAAAGUUUAUUCAAUUUAUAAUGAAUCUAUUCAAGAAUCCUUCAAUAAAGGCCAAUGAAAAAUCUAUCUUUUUGUAUUCUAUUUUGGAUCGUUUAUCUAAAAGUAUUAUUAAAGGUUAUUCUUAUGAUGAAUUCAAUUUUUUCUACGAAUGUUUUUACGAAAGUCAAUCGUCAUUCACUGAUGAAAUAAAAUUAAUUGUUGAUGAACUAAAUAAACGAAGGAGUGGUUGGACGAUUUGGAUUGACGAUGGAAAAACUUCUUACGCAACUUCUUGCGAUAAUUAUUUCGUAAAUUAUUACAUAAAAUCUGGAAGAAAGUUAAAGUGGUUAGGUGUUAAUAAAAAUAUUUUAAGUGAUGAAGAAAAAAAUCUUUUAAUUCGAUGUUCAACUAAUGUUCGCAAUGUCUCCUUUUAUCAUCCAAUUAAUUUCGAAGGAUGGAAACUGAAAGAUAAGAUUGAAGUGUUGUACAUCUCAGAUUAUUUAAUAACAAAAAAAGAUUUUGAAGAAAAUUUUUUUCCUUGGAUUAAUCUUUGUGAAGAAUUAGAUCUUGAACUUCACGACGACAUUGAUUUCUUUAAAGACAUUUGUGAAUGGAUUCGUUGUUCGAACAUCAAGAAGUUUAAGAUCAGAUACCGUAGAAAAGACUUUUGUAACCUCGAUGAAUUAACUUUAUAACGCGGGAAAUUUUAAAUAUAUAAAAUA